AUGAGUCGUAUAAUCUCUGUUUCGCCGAUGGUUGCUACGAUGCAGAUAGGCGUGCACCCGCCAUCUCGUUUAUUCGGUUCAGCCACGGAUAUCGAACCAAUCCACAAGAUCCAUUUGAGAGGCGACAGAAAAGCAUCGAGUCCCGCACCCAGCUACACGGAAGAUAGCGCUAAUGGUAGAGAAUACGAGAUUGAGAAACUCGUCGACCACCGCAUGGCUGAUGGUGACGUCCUCCUCGACAACCCCGAGAAUUUCCCUGUAAGCGAAGCUGAAUUCUCUCAGCUCCUGUGUACCGCCAUACAAGUUACCGUCGUCCAGAUUCCCGCGGCUUGGGGCGUUAAAUCUGUGGUCACGGUUGGCCACAACUCUGGUGAGAUCGCGGCAGCCUAUGCUGCUUUCCUUGUGUCGGCCAAGGAGGCCAUUAUCGUGGCCUACUACCGUAACAAGGUGGUCAAGGACAUUAACACCGGCGGUGCCAUCAUGGCUAUCGGUCUUGGUGCCGAAGCGGUUGAGCCCUACCUGUCCGACGUCGCGGGCAAGGUGGUUAUUUACUGCUUGUCACAACUCGCCUUCUGGCGUCAGACUGAGCGGUGA